AUGAACUUGACACAAUUUGUAAUAAUUACUUCAUAUUUCGUAUGUGCAUACGCUCUGAUUAUGAAUAUUACUUUAAUGGUAGAGUCCGAAGAUGACAUGGUUGAUGGGAAUAACCUUGCUUCUUUCAAUGAAGGUGCUGGUGUUAAUUUUUUUUUCGUGGGAUAUAGAACGCAACUAUUAAAACAGUUGAUGAGCACACAGAUCAAGUGUUUUCAGUAUUCGCAGAUGUUGCCAUAAUAGGUGUUUAUGAUCCAUAUAAUAUUACUUUCGAAGAUGAUUAUUUGAAGAUCAAUGGCACUGUUGAUGGGUUUUUCGCGUGUAAGAACAUUGCUUACAAUCCAAAUCAUACUUUGCAUUAAUGCAUCUUCUUGAUGAUACGGCACCUGAAUGUUGUAAGUCUGUAAAAGUCAAAAGAAAUAUAAUUUAG